UGUAUUGUAUAUUCUCUAUAUAUUGAAGAGAGUGUAAUCUAGUUUUCAAUUCUAUUUUCACUUUCUCUUUUGCAUCAUGGCUCCUCUCCCUUUCAUACCAGAAACAACACACAAGCAAAGGCGUUUAUCUUCUGAACAAAAGAAGAAGAACACAAAGAAGAAAACGUCUCAACCACUGCCUCAGACACAAACACAAAAGCUAAAGCAGAAGACGGUACCAUCAACAACAUCAUCAUCAUCGUCUUCGUCGUCAUGGAGCCAGAUAAAGAACCUUUUGAGUUGCAAACAAGUCGAAGGGCCACGAGUGCAUGAACCAUCAAAGAUUACUUCUUCUUCUUGUGGCUCUUCUCUUUGUAAGUUUAGUGAUGUUAUUUACGGUAAUGCUCGAGUGAUCCACCGUUCAGACCAUUCCCCCGAGAGUAGUAAUCUAGGCCAAGAUGCCCGGUUGUUGACCCGAAAACCCGUUAACCGCGAAUCGUCUUUAUCGGUUAGAUCCAAUGGUUGUGGCGCUUACUCGUCGUAUUCAACUUCUAAAGCUAUGCACUUCAGAAAACUCUCUGGUUGCUAUGAGUGUCACAUGAUUGUUGAUCCAAGCAGGUAUCCAAUAGCACCAAGAGUAUGUGCAUGUCCACAGUGUGGAGAGGUCUUCCCUAAGCUUGAAUCAUUGGAGCUUCAUCAAGCAGUUCGUCACGCCGUGUCGGAGUUGGGGCCAGAGGAUUCAGGGAGAAACAUAGUAGACAUCAUCUUCAAAUCUAGCUGGUUACGUAAAGACAGUCCCAUCUACAAAAUCGAACGGAUACUAAAAGUCCACAACACUCAACGCACGAUCCAACGGUUUGAAGAUUGUCGCGACGUAGUCAAGUCCCAUGCACACGCCUCCACUAGAAAAGAGCCAAGAUCAGCCGCCGACGGCAACGAGCUUCUCCGGUUCCACUGCACCACAGUUUCUUGCUCUCUCGGCUCCCGUGGCUCGACCUCUCUUUGCUCAGCCGUCCCCGGCUGCCGAGUUUGCACCAUUAUCCGCCACGGCUUCCACGCCAAAACGGUGCGUUUAGGGAACGGUGAAGGGAAGGAAGAGAUCAAGGGAGUUAGGACCACUGCGAGUAGUGGAAGAGCACAUGACGUUUUGAGAUGCUUUGACCAGCGAAGGGCCAUGCUUGUUUGCCGCGUGAUUGCGGGAAGAGUGAGACGAGUGCAGAGUGACGUGUCGCCGGAAGAUGAAAGUGGUUCUGGCUCGUAUGAUUCGGUCGCGGGGCCGGCUGGGGUCUAUGCAAGUCUCGACGACUUGGUUGUGUAUAAUCCCAAGGCCAUACUUCCUUGUUUUGUAGUUAUCUACAAAGUCUCCGAGCCUUAAAAAAGUAUUUGCACUUUAUAUGAUUUGGAUUUGUAAGUUUUUUAGUGGAAUGUUUUGUAGUAGUGGAUUGUAUUAUUUAGGGGGAAAGUGUUAGCAUAUUUGUUGUGUAGAGGUGUGUGACAUAGUAAAGAGUGAAAGACUAAUAUCUUUUUUUU